AUGGCUCCGUUGAAAGGUCUCAUCUGUGGCGGUGGUUGUCUUGCGCGUACCACCACCAAGUUAUUUCCAAUCCUGAAGUGUGGGGGCUCGCAAAUUGACCUGAGCGGUACUAGCAUCGAAGCCGCCAAGCGCAUGGGGCUGCUCGAGGCUAUCCGCGGCAUACUUUUGACUCCCAAGGACGUAAAGGCUACCAUCUUGGUCAACAAAUCCGGCAAGGGUGCCUAA